UUCUGCUCUCCGAGAGAUUUUAUUUAAAACAAAAAACAACCGAGGGAAAGCGAAAGCCCUAUCUUUCUGGAUUGUUCACCAUUUCCAGAUUAUUGUUUUUACGGUUCUCUUCUCAGAUCGCUCUCCAUUUUCUUGGCUUCCCAGUAGAUCAUGAAGCAAGAUUCAAAUAUGGAAGCAAAUUCAACUCUACCUGAAUGUGAGGAGAAGGAAAUAGGUAUAUCCGCUGAACAGAAAUCUAAGGGGAAUGUAGCAGAGUUAUUGACAGAACAGGAAGAGAGUAAAGAAGCUCUGUCUUCAGCAGUGCAAGAAGAUAGCAUAAUGAAAGAGGACUCUCCUGCUGGACAAGUAGGCGAUGUGAAAGAAGCUGUGACUGAAGUUAGGAACACUCCUGAAGCUGGGAAGUUUGCUGAAAAGCGCAUUGAAGAAGGGUCAAGUAAAAAGAAAAAAGUUUUGAAGGUGAAACGAAAAAUCGUAAAGAAAUCUCCAGCUAGCAGUGUAUUGAGGACCAAAAAGGCACAGGCUGAACAGGAAAAUGACAAAAAGGAAAAAGAGGCUCCUGGAACCCAAGAAGUGAAAGAAACUCUUGAAGCUCAGAAUCUCACUGAAAAUUCCAGCAAACCAGAGUCAAAGAAGAAGAAGAUUAAAAAAGUUUUGAAGGUGAAAAAGAAAAUUGUAAAGAAAUCUCCAGCUAGCAGCCAAAUGAAGACUAAUAAGGUUCAAAGUAGUCCGAUGGCGCAGGCCAGAAAGGGACAGGAGAAUACUAAUAGUGUGUCGCAGGCAAAGGGGGAAGGUAGUGGAAAAAAGGUUGAAGAUACAGAGAAGCCUAAGCAAAAGGAAAAUGUUAAUAAAAGCAUCUCAAAAGAGAAGCCUACUGAAAAGGGUGAAGAGACCUCUGAUUGCCAUAAAAAGAAUUCUGAGUUUAAAAAUAGAAUCAAGGACCGGAAAAAUAUAGAGAAGGUGGAUCCUUCAGAUAAGACCAUGAAAAAUCAAAAGAACAAAGAAAAUGAUAGCGAGCAAAAGAGUCAAAGAGAAGAUAGAAAUAAAGAAAGUCUUGGUGGAUUGAUUUUCAUGUGCAGUGCUAAAACGAAGCCAGAUUGUUUUCAUUACAACGUAAUGGGUGUUUCUGCUGGCAAAAAGGAUGUUGUCUUGGCAAUCAAACCUGGGUUGAAGCUCUUUCUCUAUGAUUUUGAUCUCAGGCUUCUGUAUGGGAUUUAUAAGGCAUCCUCUUCAGGUGGCAUGAAACUUGAGCCAAAGGCUUUUAAUGGGGCUUUCCCUGCACAGGUGCGGUUCAAUGUUUACAAGGAUUGUUUUCCACUACCUGAGAGCGUUUUCAAGAAGGCAAUCCAAGAGAAUUAUUAUGAGAAGCACAAGUUCAAAGCUGAACUCACUGUGAAACAGGUUAGGAAGCUCUCAGAUCUUUUCCGGCCGGUUGGACUCUCGAGUUCUGCUACUGUUCGGUCCCAUCCAGAGGUACCAGCUAGGGAUAGGAAAGUUCAUGGGGAAGUUAAUGAAACUCAGGUUAGGGAUUCUAAGUCCAAGGAUGAUGUCAGGAAUUACCAUUUGUCAUCUCAUGGAAGGGACCGACACCGAGAAGAGGCACCUAGACAUAGAGAGGAAGUUCCCCGUGAUUUAUACCUAAGCGAAAAGGAGUAUCGAACUUAUGGUCUCCGGUCUGAGAGAAGAAAUUUAGAUCCUACACCUCGGCCUUCUUUAGAAGCAUACCACAGAGAUCACGAUAGUGACUAUCAACUGAGACAUCCAGAGCCCAGAUACAGGGAUGAUGUCUCUGCACACGCACAGAGAGAAGUAGUUCGCGCAGAUCAUGUAUACUUUAAUGGAAAAGAUUAUCCAAUUUACAGUAUUGAUUCUAGACCUGCAGUAUCACCUCCUAGAGCAAUAUCUGCUAGCGGUUCAGAACGCAAUGCUUAUGAUUCGUAUUACACUCGUCAAUUGGAUCCGUAUCUGCUUUCAUCAAGGAGGGAGGAACCAGGCCCUCCACGUUAUUCAGCAAGAAGUUAUGUUGCUGAUACUGAACCCAUGAGACAUGCUGCUGGUGCUCUAUCGUAUUACAAUCAGACGCAUCACAAAGAUGUGGAUACGGACACCAUACCAGUCUCAUCCCGGUACUCGUUUGCUGGUCCAUCUUUCUCAUAUCGGUAGCUGUGGUACCCAUUUUUAAGCUUCAGCUCACUGGAGAACUUCAACUGGAAUUCCAUGUAGCUCAGGAUCUUUAAUUGGGUAUUAAAUUAGUUAUUGAGUCUCAUACUGUAGUUGGAGUUGUUCAUCUUGCAAUACUUGUAGCUUGUAGGUGAAUGUUCACUUUGAAGAUUGCUACAUGAAUGGGCGGUCUUAAUCAUUGUUGCAUCUCUUUCAGAUGUGAAGUUGUAUCAAUAUGGAUGAAAUUUGAGUUGA